UAUUAAUUUUUGGCAACGUGCUAUACAUGAAUUAUGCCUUUUUCUUCUUGAAAAGAUUCAAUAAAUCGUCAUGUCAGUGUCGAAGAGGGAAGAAGCUCCCGAAGUCUUCAGGGAGGCUAUUCUUUAUCGUGAAUGGGGCUAUCGACUGGCCAGUCUGGGCAGAUACCCCUUGGCCAUAGAUUAUUUCGAGAAGGCAUCUAAAUCGGUCGAGGACCUCAGAACGUUAAUCGGUCUCUGUAGAACGCUCAUCAAACACACGAGAUACGUUGCCGCGGAAAAACUGUCGGAGAAAUGUAUGAAAAUAGAUCCCGGUCAUUACAAAGCGCGGCAGAUGCGGAUGGAGGCGCUUUUCCAGAUCGGUGAGUUCGGUUCCAGCCUGGCUCACGCCUACGAAGGCAUGCGACGGCACGGGAUGACCUUUGAGCACGGUGUCUAUCAGACGAACGAGACUGUUGAAGAUUGUAUCGGCCUGAAUACGUCUCCUAUGGCACUCCUGCUGCUAUAUCCGUGGAUACAACGGUUGUGCGAGCACCGUGAGCUUCUGAUCGGCAAGCUCGAGGUAGAGGAAGACGAGUUCGAAGGUAUCGAUGAGGAUAAGGCAAGAUUUAAAGUAAACGAUCCGGAAGUGCAACGUCAAGCGCAGAUGAAAAGACUGCAACGCGUCAUAGCGAAAUUGGAUAUGGGUGGCUUGACGACCGAUAAGGAUUUUCUCGAGGAGAUUGUGAACCGUCCGGAAAUCGUGGUUUCACCUAGUAAGAUCUCGACUGCCGAGCUGCUCGCUCUCGCGAGUACGUGCCAUCGAAACGCGAUGAACCUGCAGGAGCUUCUCCGAAUGAGACGACCGCUUUACAUUCUGCUCUUCCAGCGACGGAAGAUUUCGAAAGGAUGCAAAAUGAUGAUUGAACGCGAGCGAAAAUUGCGCAGGAACAUCAUCGUCUUAGAAGCGGAUUUUCUGUUGCACCGCGUGCACGUCGCGAAGAUCACCAAGGAUUACCCUACCUUUUUCAAGUCAGUAGUGACAUCUGAAUCAUUCAAUGAAUUGUCGAUAUAUUAUAUAUGCAAUAUUUCGAAUGUUCCUUCGUUGAAACCGAAAUACAAUAUUUGUCGAAUUUUAUAUUUUUAGAAUAUUCACGAAAGGUAAAAUGUCAUAAAACUUUGUAAUACAGUUUAGAAAAUUUAGUCUUACUUUUUACAUCAGACUCAUAAAUCGUAUCAAGAAUAAAUUUGACUCGUACUCGGACAAGAUGUUUCCGCUAAAGCAAAAGUGCCUAGACGCGCUGUGUAAAAUGGUGGCAUGGGUAUACAUCGACAUGCGUAAUUUGAUGUGUCUGGACAACGAGAAAUUGAAAACGAGAUAUUUAAAACAUCACUUGGGAAUACGAGUUGUGACAUUGCCACGAGACAGCGAUCUCGCGUGGAUGUCGACUGUGAAUCCGAAGGAGACGCUGAAGAUGUUUCGUAGGUAUAUAAUUUAUUCAUAAGCAACUCCUUUUUGAGCAGGAUAUAUUAGA